CCUUACAAACGGUUAUCUUUACUGAAUGCUUGCUAAUUUCAAACAGUCACAACUCAUAAUACUCAAUGUUGCUUCUUCUUCUUUUAGGGAAGAUCCUUUUGCUUCUGCACCCCAUCAAGCUAUGUUUCCGGUGACAACCAGUCCAAGCAGAGACAUUCAGAAGUCGUCUCCGAAAAUGGUUCAUUGGAUUGGCGGUAGUGGCAGCAAUUGCCCUAUUUGCUCUAUGCUUGUAUAUGAGGCCAUCACCACCAUCACCUGCUGCCAGAACAGCGAUUGGAGUGUCGAUGCCACUCCAACAACUCAGAGUACCAACGGUGGUGAAACUAGGGUUUAAGAUUCAAAUCGUUGUAAUUAUGUUUAGAACUGUGUUUCUUGUAUUAUUUUCAGAAUAUGUACUGAUGCAUGCAUUAUGAAUUCUUGGUUCAAUUGCUCCA